AUGUCUGGAGAGAAAAAGAAAGCCCUAUUUAUUUGCCUAGGUAAUAUAUGUAGAUCACCCAUAGCAGAAGGUGUGUUUCAAAAAACUGUAAAUGAUUUAAAUAAAGGGAGUGAAUGGGAAAUCGAUAGUGCAGCUAUUGGUGGUUGGCAUGUUGGAAAUCCACCCGAUUGGAGAGCUCUAGAUACUAUGAAGAAGCACAAUGUACCUUACAACAACCAUGCUAGACAGUUGAUAAAAGAAGAUUUCAAUAAAUAUGAUUAUAUUUUUGGAAUGGAUGAUGAGAACAUGAAAUCCCUAAACUCAAAAGCUCCUCAAGGUUGCAGGGCUAAACUUCUUCUCUUUGGAGGUUUUGAUCCUGAAGGUGACAGAAUUAUAAGGGAUCCAUAUUAUGAUAGUGACUCAGCCGGGUUUGAAAAGUGUUACCAGCAAUCAGUAAGAUGUUCAAAUGGGUUUUUAGAACAAUUAGAAAAGGGAAAUGUUCAGUAA